AUGGCACGCGGGGACUCAAUUCUCACGCCAAUAAGCCUAGAUGACGACGAUGAGCCUCAACCCGAAACUUUCCGUCUACCCACUGUUAGGCGGCAGGAGCGCCCAAGAAUUGAUCAGGAUGGUAUUGAAGUUCAAGAGCGUCAGACAGAAUGGGAACAGGCUGCUGCGCAGAAAGAAAGAAGACGACAAAUGGUCCUGCUCGCGCUGAACCGGGCGUCGACGCAUGCCUCCAGUAGUCGAAACACUGGAACUCCUAGAGGAAGAGGACGGGAGAGGUCGCCGUCUCCGAAAGCUACCUAUGUCAUUGAGCUGACAGAUGAGGACGAACCGGAGGUGCCACAACAGCCUGCAGUCGUUGAAGAUGUCCAGUCCGAACUGCCUGAGGUAAAGAUUCUGCCAGGAGACCCCGGAAUUCCCUCCAACCUGGAUCCUCCGGAGAGCUCGACACAGGCUGUAUCUGCCAACAUCGGGUUACCUCUACCUGGUAUUCAGACCACUGCGCCGCUUCCCGCUCCACGACAGCCAACCCCGAGCGCAUCGGAAACACCCGCACAGAAACCAGAGGCUGCCAAAAUCGCUCAAGCAUCACCAGUGAGAACAGAAGUGGUUGCCGCGACGCAUAUGAUGCCGCGCGACGAAACAUCCUCUGCUGCAUCUGUCCGCGACUCGGAAUCGACCCUACCAGUUGUGCCGCCCCCCAUCCUACAUAUGCCUAGUGAGCCUAUCCAGACGAUAGAAACCGCACAAAAGAUUGCGCCUGGUCAACCCGAUGAAAACGCACCUCCUGCUGCGGUUACUGAGCCCGGUAAGCCAACUUUGAACAAUGUUGCAUUUGACUCCCUGUCACCAAUCGGCGGUUCUCCCGACAACAACCGCGAACGGGCCACACCCAGUCGCGUAAACACAAGUCCUGAGCGCGGUGGCGCCCUCGUAGUGAACAACAUCGACGCGGAAGCUUCUGAGCCUACGAAUGCUUGUGAUUCGCAGGCUGCGGGAUCUGAAUUAACCCCAACCAAAAGGAAGGUAAUCAAGUCGGUGAAGCGGACGUCGUCGGCGCAGCGAAGUAAUAUGGGAGUGACAAGCUCACGUCUUCCAGACAGUUCGCCAAAUGAAAAUUUAACCAAUGACCCCUUUUUGGCGCAUGUGCACGAUGACCAUGCUCAGGCGCCUCUGCGACAACGGAGCCCCAGCCAAAGUAGAGACCCGUUGGUGUGCUGCAGCAGCAACAACAUUACCAAUGUCGAAUUUAGUCUGAUAGAAAGAGAGGAAAGCCGCGGUUCCGCGCCGGAACAGCCGCCAGAGAUUCUCCAAGAAGAGCUUAGAUCAGAUGGUGUCAACCACACCAGCCAUCCUCCGUCAGACACGUCUACUAAGCGUUCAAACGAGCCACCUGUCGAUGUGCCCCCCGACAAUUUGCUGCCUGACAACACAAAAUCUGCUGAUGAUGGUGUGACCGAUGAUCAAACCGACGGCCAGACCAAGUUAGCAGUCGCAAACUUUGCAGAAGACGAAUUAGAAGCUACGCGUUCAGCGAUAGACGCAUGUCUAAAGCGUCACAUCGGGGGACGACACGAAACGCAUGCGUAUUUGACGUGGUCUCGGAUGAUGCGCCAAAGGACCUAUCAAGAGCAAGAAUUACGUGCACGAAGCCGUAAGCAGAAGCGUCUGGUUCACUCGAGUUUGCCCGAAAGAUAUGAACAACAACUUUCACCCUUCGCAGACAUGCGCACGAUACAGCUCCCAUUCAAAGGCAUCAACACCAAACGUCUUCCCGAUAUGAGCCAAGAGAUCUACGUCAAGGCCAAACCCAAGGAUAUCGUAAUCAAGAGCGUCCUGGCCGCACCGACGACGAAAUACAGGUCUGACGCGGUCACGAUUCCCCCUUUCAAGGAGUAUGUCAGCUUGGAGAACAACAUCUUAGCCGACAAUGAGUCAAAAUUGCUUGCAACACCUUAUUUCCAAGAUGAAGACUAUACCUGUCGAGAGACAUUGUUGAGCACGCUGCCUUAUAUAUACGAACUGACGCAUGAUGAGAAUGGGCCUCUUGACCUCAGAAAAGAGCAAUGCCGGUUCUAUAAAGACACUAUUGAGGCAUUUUUGAACGAGAUGGGUGUAUCUUGGAAUGAAAUUUUGUAUUGGUUAUUGGCGCCGGAACAAGCCAUUGUACGAAUCAACAACACCUUGCCAGCAAGCGCAUCUUUCAGGGCUAGCUUGUCCGAGAGGUCAGGUUAUCAUAUCGAGGAAUUCGAGCGCGAUGGGCAGCCGAAGAAGGCGAUACUGUUCAAUCGAAGCGACAGGAAAUGGCGAAAGUUUUUGUUGCAGCUCGGAGAGCCAACGGCCAAAGCUCUAAGGAUCGCGGCAAUUGCCUGCGCAACCGUCCGCCAAGAAUGCGAUUUCAGCAUCUGGUACCUGGCUCAGCGAUCUGAAGUCAUGCAGCAGUAUAUCAACAAAAAGACGGCGAAGGAACAGACUGCCGAGACAUUUACAUAUAGGCACGCUAUGUGUAGAGUUUGUUACCAGCAUAAUUGUCUCCUUCAUGGAGAGUUGAGGGAAGUGCCUGAGGACUCGUGGAAGACAGAUUCCGAUGAGGAGCGCCUCACACCUGUUACCGAUGAAGCCAGUCGUCGGAGUUCGGUUGACAAGUCAUCACGUCGCCGAUCACAGCUACACGAAGACGACGUGGUUGAGGAUGAGCAAGAAGAUGACGGGGCUCCUUUACCAGCACACUUCCACGAUGACUCAGAUAUCGAGAAGGUGAUUAACUACAAGCUACCCGUAAAUCCGGACGCGUUCACCGUCUGCCCCGAAUCGGAGAUGAUUGCUUGUAAAGGCGCGAAGCCACCUUUGGGAAAGUUCAAUAGCAACUGGUGGUUACAGCAGGAGAUCACCUCGCACUGGGAGAAAAGAAAGCCCUUCUUUCCAUGCAAUCACGAUGGCAGUUGUGAGAGUGCAAAAUGCCGGUGCUAUAGAGAAGGCAUCAACUGCGAGAAGACAUGCAAGUGCUCUCAGUUAUGCAACAAGCGCUUUCCAGGUUGCACUUGCUCAAGAGGUCCUGUGAAACGUGCCUGUGUGUCUAGUGCCUGCCUCUGCAUCAAAUUCAACCGAGAGUGCGACGCCGAUUUGUGCGGAUCGUGUGGAGCAACUGAAGUCCUUGACCCCGUCAAUCGCUAUGACGAGGAUCUAGCGAAGAAGAGCUGUGGUAACGUUGCCAUUCAACGAGGCGUCCCUCGAAAGACGUUGCUGGGCCACUCGGAAGUCCAUGGCUUUGGACUGUACAUGGGUGAGGACAUCAAGAGCGGCGAGUACAUUGGUGAGUACACCGGUGAGGCUAUUUCAGUCAAUGAAGGUGAUCGUCGAGUGACGAUAUAUGACUACCAAAAGACCAUGUACUUAUUCAGGUUGAACUCAAAACAAGAAGUCGAUGCCACAUACAUGGGAAACAAAUUACGCUUCAUCAACAACGCUGAUGACAAAUACACCAACUGUUUUCCCAAAAACAUGCUGUGCAACACGGUCUUUCGAAUUGCGCUCUUCGCAAUAACAGACAUAAAAGCAGGCACAGAACUGUAUUUCAACUACAACUAUCCCAAAGAAAAGACAGCACAGUUCAAACAGCCAGGUGGAAAGGCAUACAAUGUCAAGCAGACGAAGUCGAAGACCAAAAAGAGAGAGUCGCUUGCCAGCUUAAGUCAGUCUAUCGAAGACCGUUCGCGUACCCUAGCAGCUACGGCGAAAGCAAGGGCAGCAAAAGCAGCAAAGCAAGCAGCCAAGAGGCGGGGAGAAGAAUCUACAGAGCCUACCAGCAGACUUCGUUCCGGGCCGCUCCAAGCAAGAAAAGCAGCCACUGGCAAGCCUGGUCGGAAGAAGGUGACCAAGCCCAGAGGCAAGGGUAAAAAUAACAUUGACUCGGAUGCCGACAUGGGAUCAGAAGCAGAUGGAGAAGACAACGCCCUCUUUGAUUUACAAAACAGUCAAGCGACUAGGGAAAUACACGAUACGGACGUGGAAGACGAGGAAUUCGUUCUGCAGACUUCGCAAGAAGACGUCAACUUGACUACUUCUGAUGCUGAAGACGCUGAAGACACGGCCACCGAGGACGUUGAGGAUACUCUACCAGGUCGCAGGUCUGGUCGAACGCGUAACAGAGUGUCCAACAUAACCCCCGUGGUGGCAGUGAAGAAAAAGAAGGGCAAAGCUCGACCAGCUGCUGGCAAGAAAAAGAGGAAGCGACCCAUUGUUGCUAACAGCGACGACGAGGAAUAA